UUACUUUACUUACUUUUAAUUUUACUUCCCUAUUUACUAUGUAUAUAUAUAUAUAUAUAUAUAUAUAUUUUUUUUUUUACUUCUAUUUACCAAUUAGUUAAGUUACCAACCACUUCAAGCCGAAAAACGUUCCCCGAUAUUACCUCGAAGUAGAAAGAUGUUAGGUGAGGGCCCGAUGCGAUCUGACACUACCAGCCGUUGUGAUUUCGUGGAAAAGUCAACACUACGACCUGAACUUAUUGUUCCGUGCGACAAUCUUCGAAGCGCUGAUACACCGAUCGAUGAUAAAACUACGACGAAAUUAUCGUAUGUGAAACCAGGCCCGGUAGAAUUAGUUCAGAGUUUUAAACCUGUUAUUCAAUACAAAAGGUUCGCUGAAAAGGUUGAAUAUGAUACUGUAAACAAACUAUCCUAUCAACCUUGGACUCCGCUUCCUAAAGAAUUCAUACCUUGGGCAUCUAAGGACAAAUAUCAACGGCCUACGGAUCCAAUGUGUACUGAUACUAUUUAUCAAGUUAGUUAUCCUGCACCUGGAUACUAUGAAGAUACAUGUAUACCUGAAUGCGAUUGCUUGCAUAAAGAUGAUAAUAAUCUGUUGGCCGAGGAUUGUUCAAAAUAAGUAAAAUAUUAGCAAUCUUUCAGAUCAUGAAACUUUUGUAUAACUUUUUUGUUACAAGCUUAUGUUUCACAACAAGCUAUUUAUUUCUACCUUAUAAUAUUUAUAAUAAAUAUUUAAUUGUCAAAAUUUAAACCGAAACACGAUUUUAGGAAUUAAAUUAAAAAUCUAUUUUAUUCUAUACGAACACAUCUUAUAUAUUUUACAUUUAUAUAAUAAUUAUUGUGUAGAUGAAUAAAGAUAAUAAUAACGUAUAUCUUUUACAAACAGUAAGAUUGUUCUUGAUAAUAAAAUAAACUCUAAUUUUUAGAUAAAAGAUAAUAGACAAUAGACUUGAAUAGAAUAAACAAUAUUAACGUUACAAUUAGAAGUUUACUUAUCUUUACAUACAUUCAUACAUAUACAUGUACGUACACACACGCAUAUACAUGGUCAGUAUACAUACAUGCAUUCAUACAUACAUGAAUCCAUACGCGGUUACACACACAUAUAUAAUAUAUAUAUAUAUAUAUAUAUAUAUAUAUAUAUAUAUUAUAUAAUAUUAUAUUAUAUAUAGUAAAUAUAAUGAGGAUAACGAUGUCUUCAAAUCUAUCCAAAAUGAAAUCUAAUGUACGUCGAUGAUUUAUAUACGCGCAACAAUUAAUUUUCAAUAGAUUACAUAAAUUACAGGGGAGGGUAUACAAUUAUUAGAAAAUGAAUAACUAUAUAUUUUUAAUUAGCGA